AUGGCUCCUCGUCUUCGGUUUGAUCCUGCAAUCGAAUACAAGCGUUUGCUUGCUCGACCACACAUUGACGAGGACGGAGUCUUGUAUGCCAAUGAAUCUGAUCUGGUUGGAACCGCUCCCAGAGAUGCAGCUGCCGUUCAGGCCGAGAUUGAUCGAAGACACCGUGUCCAAGCUCCAAGCCCGCGGGGCGUUCCAAAGGCUUUGCACGAGGCUGCGAAGGAAAUUCUCGUAACACUUCGUGCAAGGUCUCCGCCGGCCGAAGAACGCCCCACUCGUAUUCCGACAUUCCAAUCUAUCAACGCUCCCCGCACGACCCAUACCGCUGUCGGUGCGGAAGGAGUAGCCGAKGACGAACCCACUGGACGUCCUCGCCGUGUUUCUCGACCAAGAUCGCCUACUCCAGAAAUUCGUGAACUUGCAACGCGCGACUGGAAGUUGGCCAGCAUUGUCAACAGGAAGGGAGUCCACGAAGUCUUCUUCUACAAGGCGCGGUGGGAGAGGACGGCGGUAGACAUCAGAUACAUUCGACAGGAAGCCGGCUAUCACUUGGUGAGAUAUCGUGGCRUGGACUGGAUUGUCACUUCGGUUGAAGAGUCAAUCCUCAAUGCUACUACCGGGGAAUACGAAGCUGUGGUGUCCUGGGAGGAUACUUGGCAUCAUCUAUGGGAGUUCACUUCUGCGCUUGACCCUGUUAUUGAAUGGGAAAGGGCCAAUGAUCCGCAGAGACAUCUCCCCAGGGAGAAGCGGAAGCACUAUUGGUGGCGGUACCCGACAUCCUUUCGCAACCAUCGGGACCCGCAGACAGAGUUCGACCCAGCCUGGCACCGAGAUAUCGAGGGAGACGAGUUCUUCCCGGAGAAGAACAGUGACUACACUUUCGCCUUGCUCGACCGUCUUAUGAGCCAUCUUGCUUCCGGUGAACUCGGUCGACUCCCGUGUACUACCGUGGUUACCCUGCUCAAUAGGCCGCUACGACAGCGAUUGAUUUUCAAGGACUCCUUCGUGGAAUCCGGCAAAUCGUUCAAGUUGUCUACGCCUGAAAUGGCUCGUGCUGCAACGGUCUUCAUGACUGGGUUUGCUCGCCUCCUUCUGUGCAAUAUCUGCAUUUGGUACGCAGCACAAGUGCCAUUCCAUUACUGCACCUGUCUUGAAGACAAUUUCAAAGGAUGCYGCGUCAAUAGCGUUGUCAUUGGUAAGACGCAAGAAUCUGAUCUGCACUCCAAGGUGAGAAUCUUCAGGGAGCUUGCAGUUCCAACUAUGGACGGCAACGUCGAUGCUGCCGACGAGAAUGCUGCUCCAAUGACAUCUUCGCCCUUGUCUAUUCGCGGACCCGAGACCCGCAGCUCUGUUGAGCCAGAAAGCAACGGUUCCAGCCGCACUCCUCCAACUUCUCCUUCAGCCGUGAGUGGCCAAAGCGGAGGCGGCGGUUCACCUGAGCUCGGAUCCGAACGUUUUUCGAUCGAGCCCCAAGGGCGGAAUCAGCGAGCUCUCCAGAAUCCCACAGAUUCUGAACCCUCUGAUGUUGGCGACCUACAGCUACAGAACUCGGCAACAUCGACUACUGCCCGAUCUACACCAGCACGUGUGUUACGCAGUCGGAAACGCAAGUCUUCCUUUGAAGCCGGAAAGCGACGUUCUCCACGCUCGAGUACUAGCAAAGAAGAAAAGUCGAUGGUUCAACGCCCAUCUUCCUCCGCCGGUUCAAGUUUCGCUCGGCCUCUCGAUGUCAUGGACGAGGACGAUUCAGACAACAUCCCAGUCUUCUCGCACGAAGAAUGCCCUGGGAUGCACGUGCCGUGCAGACAUGAAAUCUACGGCACUCCAGACCGUCUCCCCACGGAAUCUGCCAGUAUCGUCUAUCGCAACCACGAGUUCGAAGUGGAAGGCGAAGCGACGGAAGAGCAGGUGCGAUACGUCGUCAGUCGUCUGCCGUGCUAUUAUGCCAGAGAGCUUCACAUGGCGUGGGAGGAAUGUCAAGCAAGACCAGGAAGACAGCACGCCACAAAGUACGCCCUUUUGUCGCACCACACUAGCAAGCUCAAUGAGUAUGUGCGAGCGCAUUGUCCGGCGGAUGUUGGGUUCAUUGAUCUGACGCUUGAUGACUGA